AUGAGGUCUGGCUAUGCGGCCUUGGUGCUCGGGUCCCUGGUGCUGCAGAAGGACCUCAGCGGGGGACCCUCCCUCCGGAGCCGGACUGCUCGGGAAGCGGAUGGAAGAGAUGACCCUGCUGGCUCCUGCCCAGAGGGAAACCUGCUGCCCCAAUUCCAGCACCUGUUGUGUUCGCAAGGCUUCUGCUGGAUCUCGGAGACGACCUGGGGGUUCCCCCUGGCUGGGGCAGUCCUGCUGCUGUUCUGGUUGGCCUUCGAAAUCUGGAGCUCCUCCUGCCUGGCCAGGUGGCAAGCCCAGCUCAGGCAGCCUGUCGCUACAGACAGCCAAGCAGCGCAGCCCAGCUCUCCUCCCCCCUUGCCUGAAGCAGAGUGCGAAGAAGAGAAAGACUUUCCAGCCACACAAGCAAAACACUCCAGCUGCAUUUGUGGGAGGCAACUAGCAUCUGAUUUUGAAAGUUAUGAGCUGCCUUGUCAGGUGCACAGACAUCCUUAUGAUCCACACCAAACUCCACAAAGCGUGUGUCAAGAUGAGAACUUAUACCAAAAGUACCUCCCCUGUCUACCUCCUUUGUUACGGAGCACUGCGAUUCUGCCAAAGCACUCCUCCUCCUCCUCCUCUUCCUCCCCCUCCGGCUCCUCCUCCUGCUUGCCGCUCCUAAAACACUUGAACUUGCGCUGUCAUGUGGCUACAGAUGCUUCUCGGACAAUGCACGAUUCCUCUGAGGCUUCCGAAGCCAGCAGCUCUGAUUCUUCUUCCUCGGAUUCAGAAGAUCUUUAUUUUCUGAAGAAAAGAAAACAACAUGGGCCAUCAUUUAUCCCUUUAUUCCCAGAAAGACUUCCUGAAAUAAAAGGCGCACCACUGCUUCCGGAGAGUCAUCCUGAAAUUAAGGGAGCCCCGCAGAUGUCUGUUGCACAAAUAAACAUUGUCGAGAGCUCCACUUUUGAAAAGGAGGAUCAGGUCAUUUUGGUGGAGAAAUCUCUUGAAAUCCGCAUGGGGCCCCUGCCAGCCCCCACAGCCCCCGGCUCCCUUCCCAGCUUGAGAGUCAGGGAUAAAGAGGCAGCGGGAGAGAGACCUUCGCCCUUCCCCUUGCUGGAUCAAAUGGCCAUCCAGUGCCUUGACUUCAGGGUGAAGGAGCAGCAGGAGGAACUUGCAGAGAAAACCACAGAGAAAUCCUCCCCCAAACCUUCCUCUGAAAAAGAGGAAGAGCCCACUCAGCCCUUCAAGGUCACUGCAGACCCUGUGGACGGCCUGCCUCCCAGGGACUCAGAGGAAGUCCCAGCUGUUCUAAAAGCAAUGGACGAGAAAAGGAGAAACUUCUUGGAAUUUCACAUCAAGAAGAAAAUGGUUCAGAGACGGUGUGGAGUUCCCACUGUGGUCAUCAACUCUGUGAACCGGUUUCAAUCCGUGGGGAAAAAAUCCUUCCGUGAGGAUCUUAAAAAAACGAUGCAAAAUGUUUUACUAAUCCCAAGGGAGGCUGAAGCAUCAGCGCGCCCUGCCUUCCUCCCGAGAAACGCCAUGGCCUUCUACACGAAAUCUUUGCAGGAACCUCCAGGAGCCAAAGGGCACUAUCUUUUUCACAAAGCAAACCCAGAAGAAAUCAGAAAAGUGGGCUCCUUCCCUGCUCCCGAGGAGCUGGCCCUUAAACCAAGAGAUUCCCAGAGAAGUCAAAGAAAUUGCGUUCUUUUCUCAGUGGAGCCAGAAAAACUCCAGAAGCUGCUUUUCCAUUUAACAGUGAAAAUGGUGGAAAUCCAGAAGGAAGCCUUUCCUGAAAUGGUGGAGGACUCCCUCCGCACCUUCAACAUCCUGUCUGUAAAGCCUCUGCCGAAGCCAAUCCGUUUUGGCAACAAAAUCUCAAGGCCCCUCUCGCUGGCCUUCAUGGCCCAGGAGGCGCUCUGCAUCAUUGAUUUCAACAUCAGCCACAAAUACAUGGUCUUCACCUGGGGAAUCCCCACCCCGCACUCAAGACCCACGGAAAAGGCUACCCGGGGCCUGUCAAAGCCCGCCCAGGGAGUCCCUCAGAAGCCCCCCAUUCCCAUCCUGGUCCUGAAGUCUCCCAGGAAGGGGGCCUCGUCCCCCGGGGGGGCUGAGUCAGGGCAAAUCCUCCUGAUUCCAAAGCCCCCACGGCUCCAGGCCCCCCACAGAGCCUGCCUGGCUCCUGCAGAAGAGCCCCAGGAGGUCCAGUUCACAGACCACUGGAAGCAGAGCUGCUUGGCUCCCGGCGCUCCUUCCAAACCGGCCAGAGGAGCCCCUUCCCGGUCCCUGGCAAGGCCUCUCAGAGAUGCCCCCGCCCAGGAACGUGUGGAAACCGAAGCUCCGGGUGAAGUGGCUCUUGCCAGGCCUUGUCCUGAGAGCCAGGGAGCUGCUGGCAAAGGCAGUCCCAGCACCAAGCCAGAAGCCGCAGGGGAUGGGAAAACCAGGACGCUUCUCAGAGCUGCAGCAAACACAAGAGCAGGGACUGGAAGCAGAAAAGGGGAGCCUCAACAGGCGGAGCUGGAGGCAACGAUGCACUACAGGGCUCUCCCACCGUCCCCCGAAGAGGGGCCUGGCCAAAGAGACGGCGACGAAGAGGGAGAGCUGGAGGGGACCAUCUGCUACCGGGCUCCCUCCGAGACCCCCAAGAAAGGCGCAGCGACAGGAAGGCCAAGAGAUGCGGACCGAGCGGCAGAGCUGGAAGGCAGGCUGCGCUACGCCGCCGGCCCCGACACGGGAAGCAGAAAAGGCGGCGAGGGCCAGGCGGGGCUGGAAGCAACGAUGCAUUACAGGGCUCGCUCCCGGUCCCCGGAGAAGGGAGCGAGGGAGGGGGACGCGCUCGCAGAGCCGGGCGGGACAGCCGAGGCCGAGGGACAAAGAGCCGCAGCGGAGCGAGCCAGGAGCGCGCAGAGAUUCCCCCCCGCCCGCGCAAGCGACGCCGGAGUCCAGAGCAGCGGCCAGACGGACGGAAAAGAAGCGGUGGCGCUCAAGGAAGGCCGGACCGGCCGGAAGGGCCGGGAAGGAGCGCCCCGCGGCGAGGCCCUCGCCCUCUCGGUGGGCCUGCGGGCGGCGGGGAGCCGGCGGGACGCGCCCCCCACGCGGGCCAGCCUCUUCCUCCAGCUGGACCUGGCCCGGGAGAAGCUCCACCUGCGCUUGCAGAAGCGGCUGGAGGCGGCGCUGCGGCCGCGGCAGAGGGCCGGGCUGAGCCUCCGCGUGGAGACGGGCGCGGGGAAGCGACGGGGGCCACCGCCGGCCCGACCCUUCUGCUACGCCUGCCCGGCCCCGGAGCGCCGCGGGGCCGCCGUCAAGACGGUGUGCUGGGCGCUGCCGCAGCGCAUCCUGGACAUGAGCGGCGGCCGGGUGCCGCAGGUGGCCCGCCUGGAGCGCCGGCCCGGGAAGCCCCGCAGAGGCGGCCCGCAGAGGCGGCCGGACAGGCGACGGCGAGGCGCUGGACAGGGCCGCCCAGGGGAGGCCGCGCCGGGGGCCAUUAAACCGUUUGCUUGA